AUGAAACUGAAUGGCUUUAUUCAAAAGCUUGUUGACACCAGCAGAGCCGCUGUUGAAGACCACAACAUGCCAAUGGGGUGUUUGUGCAGGAGCCCGCCUUGUGCCGCAGAGGCUCGCGUGCACCUUCACGAAGGCGUCCUUGUCACGAACCCUUUAAUUUAUAAUUUCUUUGAAAGCUUCGGGUUUGUAAAGUUCGCGGAAGGCUUACGAGGAAACACCUCCAUCACCACAUUUUGGUCUUUAGCCACGGCUCUAUUGCUGCCAAAAUACCUCCGAAGGAACUUGUCCAGCAAAACUUUAUUGAUUCGGUCAACGUCUUCCAGCAAAACAUCUUGA